GCCGCCUCUGUUGGACUGCUUUAUAAAAAAAGAAUCGCGGGUUCCUUGUGGUGCAUUUGCAUCACAGAAGAAGAGGCAUUUUAUUACAGCCUAGGUAUGAGCCAGCCUUCCCAACUCUGCUGUCAGUCCUCUGACAGGGUGCAACAGGAGCUCUGGACUGACCCAAACAUGAAGUCCCAGAAGACUUCAUCUCCAUGCCAACGGAUGUCUCGCUUCACCUUACGAGGCAGAAAGAAGAAGGACGGGGUGAUCCAAGGCAAGCUUCGCAUCCGCUCCAUACCUGGAGCCUUCCUGGUGCUGGGGGUCAUCGUGGUGGUUGUUGGCACCGCUCUGGCUGUGGCAGGAUACUGGCCCUACCGGAUAUCGAGGUCGCCCAUCCUGGGAGCCGCAGAGGCGGAAAGUAUCUCAGAGUCGCAGACUUCUGGCUGGAGUCUGGGAGCUAAGGGCUUCCUAUCCACAGCCAGCCUCAUCCACAGUGAGCGGAUGAAGCUGCUAGGACCGGUCAUCAUGGGUGUGGGACUCUUCAUCCUCAUAUGUGCCAACACAGUCCUGUACGAGAACAGGGACAGAGAGACUCAGAUGCUGCUGGCUCAGAUGCACAGUGUAAUCUGCUCUGUGUCUGCGGCUGUUCCCUCAGCAGAACUAAAAGACAUAGCUGUAGCCAACUCCAUGGCCAAACACUACGAGUGGCUGAGCAGUUUACCAGCUGCCCAUCUCAACAUCCUCUGUGUGCAGCAGCUGGCCAGCUCGGAGCCCCUGCUCCAGACCAGACACACCAGAGAGCAGGAGGACAGUGUGGAGUGCAUCUACCAGCAAGCUGUCCUCCAGACAGAAGCCCUCCACCACCAGGAGUCAGAGCCUCCGUCUUCCCUCCACUCUUCCCACUCCAAUUCAUGUAAUUCCAGUCAGACAGACUUUAACACACAGUCUGGUGCUGAGGACGGGGGCAGUGCCAGCUUCAAUCCGCAGCCCGGCCCACUGGUCAACAACUGCCGGCUGUCUGCCAGCUCCAUGUCCACCCUGACUGAGGUGGAUAUCCCAGCUGUCCAGCCGAGGCGCUGUCACAGUAUGAGCUACAGGACUAACCCUUAUAUGGCUCACACUGGUUUGCCUCUGGAGGAUGGACUCCACACACCCGGAGAGGAGGGGGAUAUAAAUCAGCUGGUAGUCACACAGAAAGAGGCUGCUUCACAGAUUUGCAUUAACAUCCCUUGGCAGGAUGUGGAUGCUGCAGAGGAGCAAACUCACCGUAGCUGGCCUCGGCUAGACCUGGGCAGCGGGAGACGAUACCUGAAACUGGAGAACAAAGGGGACUCGGUGGACAAACUACUGGAGCAGUUAGAGCAGCAGUGUUAUCAGUGGGAUAAGAGUUUUGGCUCUGGGCCUUUCCAGUGAUUGGCUGCUUUUCACAGUCCUGAAUGAGAACUUCUGGAUACAAUCACCCUCACAACCAAGGCUCAUAAUGAUAUUUUCCUCUGGAUUCUAAAACUGCGCCAUAUUUUUCUUUUCUUUUCUGUGUGGGGCAGAGAGACACUGAGCCCUGAAUUAUUUGGAGUAUCGUAUUUCUCACAGAAUCUUCCAAAAUUUGAGUCCUUUCUCAAUCUUCAGUGGAAUACUGAUACACAGAGGUUAUGGUUUUUGCUUGGAUUUGGAUUUUCGAUUUGGAUUUGGCAGAUGUUUUAUAUACUUGAAGGAACAAUAUGCAGACUCUACUCUGUCACAGAUGAGUGAAACAAUUUGACAGACUGUUUAUUUCUGCAGUUUGGGUUGGCAGCAAUGUGAGAAAUUAACUUGUUUCUUCAUGCCAAGUGUUGUACUGUUUCCAGGACACAGUAUGCUGAAUCUAGUGAAGGAGAGAUAGAAGGGUGAUUGUUUUUCACUGUGCAAUCAAUUCUGAACCAAACUACCUGGACUCCUGAGUCCAUAAAGUGCUUACAGCUCUUGACAAAUGCAACUAGUAUAUAACAAUGGGAUUUCAUUACCUCAGCUGAGGUCCCAUACUCCAAAUGCAAUGCAUGGCAUUGAUGUACAGUAUGUUACACAUUAAUACUUAUGCAGAUUAAUGUCAUGUUAGUUUUAUGUGUAUAAGACGUAAUGAUAGUUAAAGGAUAAUUCUGGUUUAUUAUAGCUUGGGUCUUAUUUUCUACCCCCAUAUUGCUGUUAUGUUUAUUAUUUAUGUUGAUUACUAUGUCAACCACAUUUUAGUUCUGUUUUUCUCUAUGUACACCAUCAUGCUUUAUUUAUCUUUAAGGGUCAAAACAAAAACCAUAUGUGAAUAAUGAAUGAGUAAAUAAAAUCAGCCAACUGCAAACUGUGAAAGUAUACAGAAAUGAGAAUCAAUGUAGUGCAGAGCCACAGCGCAACACAGCGCAACACAGCUCAACAUAGCAGAGACACAUAAUCUACCUGUGUCCUCCAUGCCUCCAUGACCUCAGUUCAGUCGUUUUUUUUUUCAAGUGCUGUUCAAUCCUUGACAUUUUGUGAUCAGAAAUAUUCCCCAAAAUGUAUGACAUGUACAUGUUAGAAGUCAGAAUGGUUUAUAGGGGCUCUGAUGGAAGUAAAGCAGCUCAUCAGAGGUCAGAGGAUAAUUCUGUCUCCAUCUGGAUCUUAUUUUUCUUUUUAAGCUUGCUCUGUGCCGACCCAUGACAAUGUGUUCUUACAUGUUAAACAUGCAGUUUUGUUACUUCAUUAGGUUAGGUGGACAAACCUCCGUCUAUUUAGCCGUUAUAAGCAGUAUUUACACAAUUAAUAGAUGGUUAUAACAGACUAUACUGUAAGCAGAUUUGAGUGUUUAUUAUACAUCUGUCAACAACUCUCACUGCCCCUGUGGGUAUCUAUAAGUGGAGGCUGCUGUACAAAUAUAAAAUUAAUCACAAUAUAGUUGUGCAUGGUUGUAAAACAUGAAAUAUGUCUUCAUAGAAUAAAUCACUUUCUAUGCUGCUCAUGUAUCUAAUGCAUUAAAACAUACUUAAUCGGUAUAAUCUUCAUAUGACACUGUAAUUAUAGUUAUACGAAUGAAUAAAUAUUCAUUAUGCUUUAUAACAAUAAUUACAACACAUUAUAAAGCAUUUUAUAAUGCAUAUAUAACAGUGAUUAUAAUGUAAUACAACUAUAGGAAUUAUAAUACACUAUGAUCCUCCAACAACAUCAAAGUCUUAUGAUACUUGACUUUAAAAGUCAAUACAAAAUGCUUUAUUACGUGUUUAUUGUCAUGUUAUAAGCAUUCUAACAAUUAUAAAUAUGUUUAUAAUGCAUUAAGACAUGGAAAGUGAUAGCAAAAUCAUAAUUGCUGACAAAUACUUAUAGCUGUGUACAAAUACAUUAUAGUGUGUUAUAAACCCUUUAAUAAAUUAAAACUGCUUAUGAAUGCUACAUAGGGGAACCUCAGUUAUUAAUGUGGUGAUUACAAUGUUAUUAUCACUCAUUAGCCAGAACUAUUAAAAUAAGACCCAAGUUGUAAAAAGAUUGGUUCUUAAUAUGAAGGGAAUCUCUUUGUUGUCCUUCUUGUGGUUGCCGCAGUAUUAGCUUGAACUGAAAGCAGGGACACCCCCUCUCCUCCGCUGGUCUCCUGAUGACCGUCUCCUCUCAAAAUGCAACAAUGCCUUUGAUCAAACGGAUAGAAUGGAUUGUGCAGACGAGGCGGGCCCGCAGCUCCAGUGACAUUCAGUGUGUUGACCGGUGUUCCAGCUCUCAUGGGCCCCCUGCUUCCUCCCCCUCCCCCUCUCCCUUAACCACACGUGCAGAUAUGCGGAGGCGACCCCUCCAUGUUUGAAACAAAAGUCUUACUCUGGUGUUCUCUGUGUGUGCUGCCUGUUCUGUAUGCCAUGUGUGUUCUAAAUGUAUACCAAGCAAUAUGAGCGGUCUAACAGAACAAUCAAUGGCUGUGUCUUGCUCUGUGUCCACCUCAGAAUUAAACAACAUUGCCAUGCCUGUGUUGCAAG